AUGUCGCUUUUCCUUAGUAUUUUGUGUUUAAAGCGACCUGUUGAUUUUGUGAUUUCGCCCUGCAACAUUCCAACAGGUUCUUUUGUGCUGUCCCUUUGCCUGUCAUUUUUGCUGGUUGCGGAGCGCUGCAUCCGUGAACACCUUGCAUUUGCUGAGCACCCGGUGUUUGCGGAGCUUGCCGAGAAGAUCCCCAAUUACGAGCAUGUUUGGUUCGCCUGGGAGUUGGUGGGCACCCACCCCAACAAGUACUUUACUUGGCUUUUCGGCAAGGAAAAGCACUACCCGCUAAAUGGUUUUGGUGAACUGGUGCUGGAGAAGAAUGCCUCAUGGCAGGAGUUGUGCGAGAUGGAUUCUGACGCGGAUGGCAUCACCAACGGUCAGGAGCUCGGGGACCCAUGUUGCCGCUGGCAUGCUGCAGCUGGGGAUUUUCAGAUCAGCCGCAACUUAGAGUACAGGCGUUGGAUGACUUCUCAUCCAGCACAUCCCACGCGAAGGAAUGGCAACGUUCAUUCCUUUCCGAAGUCCUGUGAUGAGGAGUAUGACGCUGAAGAGUACCAGCGGAUCUUUCGCAAUUUCUACUUCAGUCGUUUGGAAGGGACAGAGGACGUUCCGUGGUCAAUUCUGAAGCUGGCAGCCUUUGCUUUCAUGAUUCUUCAGAUCGGCUUCUGGAUCGCCUUCGAUGGACUUGGGGACGAUCUUUUUCGUUCCAAGUCUCCGAUGUCUUCAGGUCAAAGGGUGCUGCUCAUUGCUGCCAGCUUUCUUUACAUGGACUUCACCUCCGGGGUUGUUCAUUUGAUUUUGGACUAUGCACCAACCUUUUUGCCAGUGCUUGGAGGCUUGGCCGGUGGUUUCCGAUAUCACCAUGAAGAUCCUACUGCCAUUUGCCGUAUCAGCUGGUUUGAAUAUGCCUCUCACACUCAUUUGCUUGCCAUCCCCAUAUUGUUGGUCCUGAGAUUGGGUUUGCCCUCACGAGGGUUGCGCUUCUUUUGGAUCUGGGGUCUUGUCUGGAGCCACCUCUUUCAGUCAGCGCACCGAUGGACGCACUUCCCACCGGAGCAGCUUUCUUGGUGGAAGCGUAUUCUUCAAACAGUCCUGGUCCUCACACACGAGCGCCACAUGGAGCAUCAUCAGGACCUGGAAAAGCAGUUUACCAUUCUGUCGGGCUUGGGAGACGCGGUCUUGGAUCCCUUGGUGAAACUCGUGCCGGCAGCACAUUACGAUUAUUGGUGUGUGUUUGGUGUCCUUUGGUUCUUUUUGCCCAAUUUCCUGGACUCCUGGCUCCGCCCUGAUGGUGCAUCCAGUCGAGUCAGCGUCCAUGAGAAAGUCUAG